ACAUGACAUGUGUCAAACAUUGAAAACAUCAGAAAAAAUUCAUUUGAUCUUGUGACCCGUUUUGCGCUGGUUGGUUGAUUGGUGUUUCGCGGACCGAAAGAAAUAAUAAACUUGCAAAAAUGUCGUCCAAGGAUCGAAUCCCGAUUUUCCCAUCCCGAGGUGCCCAGAUGCAGAUGAAGGCCCGUCUGGCAGGAGCCCACAAAGGUCACGGGUUGCUGAAGAAGAAGGCCGAUGCCCUCCAGAUGAGGUUCCGGAUGAUCCUUAGCAAAAUUAUCGAGACCAAAACGUUGAUGGGAGAAGUGAUGAAGGAAGCUGCCUUUUCGCUGGCUGAGGCCAAGUUCUUGUCCGGAGACUUCAACCAGGUGGUGCUGCAGAAUGUCACCAAGGCUCAAAUCAAGAUCCGCACCAAGAGGGACAACGUGGCGGGAGUCACGCUACCAGUUUUCGAGUCAUACCAGGAUGGCAGCGAUACCUAUGAGCUGACCGGUCUAGCCAAGGGUGGCCAACAGAUGCAGAAGCUGAAGAAAAACUACCAGAGCGCCGUGAAGCUGCUGGUGGAGCUUGCGUCGCUGCAGACGUCCUUCGUGACUUUGGAUGAAGUCAUCAAAAUUACCAACAGACGAGUUAACGCCAUCGAGCACGUUAUUAUCCCUCGCAUUGAUCGUACUUUGGCUUACAUUAUCUCGGAGUUAGAUGAACUGGAACGUGAAGAAUUCUACCGUUUGAAGAAGAUUCAGGACAAAAAACGAAUUGCAAAGAAAAAGGAAGAGGCUCGCAAAGCAGCCCUUUUGGAAAAGGGAGUUGAUGUACGAGAUCAUGCUAAUCUCCUCGACGAAGGCGAUGAUGACAUUUUGUUCUAAGAUGUUUAUUCCCAACGGGCAGCGGCGUACAAGUUCGGUGAAAGCAUGGGACAGUCGCAACUUCUAACAAAGCGGAUUGUGAAUGCUUUUAUGAAAAGUUCAUUCCCUUCUAAGUGUAGAUCAACAGUAAACGGUUUUGAGUAGCUUCGUGGUUUGGAGGACGUAUAUGUAACAAGUGUAUUUUUUUUUUGUUUUCUUUUUCAAUCUAGGUUAGAUGAUUCUAUUUGCGUAUUAUGCGCAAAAAAUACAGCAUAUAAAUUAUAAACGGAUUAUUAUAGAAUAAAUGUUAUCGAUAAGCAUA